AUGGCAUCUGCUACCGUUGCUGCUAGUAGCAGUCGAAGAACGAGUCGUCCUCGAUACAGACAUCCGUCUACGCGUAUUGCCAUUUGGGUAGGUCUCAUGUUUGCCGUCACGGGCGCCACCAUGAACUUUUCGAAAAUGGUGGGAGAGCGCUUGGUGGAUCUAAAUCUGGAGGAUGCUUUUCUUCUCUUGAGCAGUAGCAGCACCGCCACCAGCAACACAAAUAUUGAUCCUGCCCGCAGACUCAGCACGGAUGUCACGACUGCUUCGACUUUUAUCACGAACAACAAUUACAUCAACGACCUUGCAACGAGCGACCAUACAACGACAAUCCCGCAAUCCGACACGGAGGGACGUAAGGAGAAAAUGGAGAGAACGAAGCAAGAUUUGCUUGCCAAGAUUGCUGCCAUUGAAAACAAAAACAAUGGCGAAAGAACGAGAAAGCCUCAUCCGCAGAAGCAAAAGCAAAAGAAACAUCAAGCUAUUGCCGCAACUGAGAUCAAAGAGAAGGUGGAAUUGCCAUCAACUCAGUUGGAGCCUGUAAAAGGUUCGAAAACAAUACCAAUACUACAAGAUCAAACAAACACACCCGACGUACACCAUCACAAUGCGACAAUGGCAGCAAUUAACACGACGAACGUGAUUGUCAACUUAUCAGAUUGUUACCUGCCUUUGCCUACCGGUACAACCAAAACCAAUAUCAACCUCUGGGAUAAUUCAACCGUCCUGGCUCCCUGGCUCAAAGAGUACUUUGCUUGGCAUCAACAACAGCGUGCACAAUUAACACCCGACAAUUGGCAACAGCAGCGCUUCCUGAUUCCCGUGGCUCGCAAGGGACAAAAGAAUGGUGGAAUGACGGACCGGAUUCGACCGCUGCCGGCAUAUUUACGGCUGGCCGCUCAAACGAGAAGGAUCUUUCUUAUUCAUUGGGGACGCCCCUUUCCGUUGGAAGAGUUCAUGUUGCCUCCGGUUGGAGGUUUGGAUUGGAGGGUCCCAGAGUACAUGCUCAAAGAUGUCAUUGCGACGGGUCCACGCACCGAGUGGGAGAACAUUGUGAGUACUGCCAACAAUACCGAGCCCAUCCUGCUCACCGCCAAGUACCAAUCCUGGAACUACGGAGAGAUUUGGUACAAGGAACAAACCGCGGAAGGAGAAGCAGCCGUCUCUCAUGCCUUUCGAGAGAUUUGGAAGGUGGUCUUUACGCCAUCGCCACCGGUAGCACAGCGCAUUCAGAACGACAUGCGACAAAUGAAACUGAUUCCAGGAGAAUUUGCCACGGCUCAUAUACGAGCCCUGUACGCGGUCAAGGACCGACCCGACGACAAGAUUCGUGAAAUGGCAAUGAACGCGAUGAAUUGUGCAUCAAUGCUUCGACCUGGUGGACCCUUCUUUGUUGCUUCCGACUCGUCGCUGGCCAUUCAAACUGCCAUGAGCUAUGGGAGACAAAAGAAUGUCACCGUCGUCACUGCCAAUCACCAUCACUCAAAGAAGCAACCACUGCAUGUCGACUUUCACAAUGAAUCCGACACGAGCGUAACUCCUGAAAACUUUUACGAUGGCUUUGUGGACUUGCAUCUCAUGGCGGCGACGCGUUGUGUCUCCGUGGGUCCGGGAGGAUUUGCCCGCUGGGGGCAUUUGCUGGGCUACAAUGAUACUUGCGUCAUUCAUCACAACGGUCGGUACCCUUCGGAAGAAGAGCGAAACUCGAUACAGCAACAAGCUUCCAAGCGCGCGGAAUUGCCGCGUUUUCCAAUGCCCAUGCUCUAG